CGGACCACUGGUGGCGUUAGGACGGCAAGCCACCGGUGGUAUGCCAACUGUGGCUCGACAUCGGACCACUGACAGUUACAAAACACACAUCGGGCCAUCGGCGGAUUUUGGUAGGUAAUCCCCGAUGGUGUGCGAGUACAGCUGCACUGUCAAGGCGGUGGCAUGCCACCUUCGGACCGCUGGAGGCCCGCUACUGUUACCACUGAGUUAGUUCUACUCAUUCAAUAUGCGCGAGGGUGGCGGCUUGCCACCCUCGGACCGCUGGAGGACCGCUAGACUCUACCCGUUUAAUAACGGAAAAUAACGGACGCCAGCAUCAAGACUCGAUCCAGACAUAGAAUGACUAGGUAAGUAAAACAUCUCUUCUCCAUAUCUCCGCUGUUUUAAUUAAAUAUACCAUCAUUUUCAUAUAUAUAAAAAAAAAAAAGUAGCCUAUUUAGACCGUUAGUCUGUUUCCAAAAUGUUGCCUUUUUGUUGUGUGGCAUAGCGACAUUCUCUGACAGCAAGACAACUUUGUCAACAUACCGGUAGGGUACUGGCUUGUAUAGUUACCGUUACCUCAAUCGUUUGACUAAUAAAUUAGGCCAGUAGGAUAAACAAAGUACAUCGUCUCGUAUAUAAGUGGCUGCGCUGGAAUAUUUUACUCACGCAUGAUAAAUGUAAACAAACAAACAAAACCAAUUUGGCUAGCCUUCUGGUGUGUGUUUCUCGACAACAUCGUUGCUAACUAAGUUAGCAACUUACUUGCAAUACAAUUUCCCAUUGGAAACCUAGUAAGUUGCUAACUGGUUAGCAACGAUGCUAUCGCGAAAUGGGGUAUUGAUCGACAAGCAGUUUUAGAUGUCGUGGGUUGAUGGGCAAAGACAAAUCACAGUAUGACUUUUUCGAAAUUAAGACUACUGGGGUUUAUGGAUGGCGUAUGAGGUUUAACACAGGUCCUGUCACCAAAAAAUGGUUAAUUACAGCUCCGUUUUAGUUUCACCAAUUCUGGUAGGCCACCCUCUCUCGAACAAGCCUUGGCUGUUAUCAUACCCAUAGUGCUAGCCCCACACAUUUCUGUUUUGUGUGUGUGUGUGUGUGUGUGUGUGUGUGUGUGUGUGUGUGUGUGUGAGUGAGAGUGAGUUGAUGCAGCUGUCUCUUGUGAAGAACAGAUAGUGAUGUGUUUUUUCUCUCUCUCUUUAUAGGUGACCAACAACAGUCUGUAGGCAUACACUGUAAGGUAAUUUAGGAAUUUAAUUUAAUAGGCAACACUCGUGGCACAAUGUCCAGUUACUGGAGCAAACGUAGAAGAAUAGCUAGAGGGGUGGAAAUGGAUUUACAGAGCCUCGCUUCCUCUUCAGCAAAGUGUGGGGGGGAAGGGGUAUAUGAAGUGACUGAGGGUAGUGGGGACUAUGUCCUACCAGGACAAAGCAGGACAACAGUGUGUGAGCUGGCCCUUUCAGGACAGAGUAGCACUACAGUGUGUUAGCAGGCCCAUGACAAUGAUGAUAAUAGUGAUGGUGGAGUGAGUGAUGACGAUGAUGAUGAUAAUGAUGAUCAUCAUCAUGACAGCGACGACACACAAAGUCAGUUAGCACAGUGGGCAGUUAGGAGAAGGAUCAGCCAUGCUGCGUUAGGGGAUCUACUAUCCAUUCUGUCUGGCAAAAUUCAUGGGUUGCCAAAAGACCCAAGAACAUUACUGAAAACAAAAACCACUCAUGAUGUUAAAAGUGUUUCAGGUGGUACUUACUCUCAUUUCGGUUUUAAUGACGCCAUUUCGUCUCAUCUUUCCAAAAACAACAAUCCUUUGCCUUUAACAAUACAAGUGAACAUUGAUGGCCUGCCCCUCUACAAAAGUUCAAAUGCCCAGUUCUGGACAAUUUUAGGACUAAUUGAGUGUUUCAAAAAUCAGGUACAAACAAAUAAGGAUCCUUUUGCCAUAGGAAUUUACUUUGGAAAUCACAAACCGACAACCCUUGACUUUCUGACAGACUUUGUUAGUGACGUACGUCUUCUGGAGAGAGAUGGUUUCUGUUACCAGGGUGCCUCUGUUUCAGUCGCCCUGUCUGCAGUAGUUUGUGAUGCACCUGCACGCGCGUUUGUCAGAAGUUCAAAGGGUCACACAGGAUUUUUUUGCUGUCACAAAUGCCAUCUAAAGGGAGUAACCUAUCAGGGUAGGAUGACAUUUCCACAAUUUGAUGCACCUGCUCGACUAGACAGUGAUAAUUUGGAGGAAUUAAAUGAUGAUCAGCAUUUCACUGGAUUUAGUCCAUUCAGCCUUCUGUCCGUAGGAAUGGUCACACAGUUUCCCCAUGACUACAUGCAUGUGGUUUGCUUAGGGGCAGUGCGGAAACUGUUGUACUUCUGGAUGAAAAAACCAUUACACACUCGCAUAGGUACACCUGCUGUAAAAGAGGUGUCAACUGAACUCUUGCGCUAUCGUUCCCAUCUUCCAAGCGAGUUCUACCGUAAGCCCCGACCUCUGUCCGAAUUUGAGAGAUGGAAAGCUACUGAGUUUCGCUCAUUCCUACUAUAUACUGGGCCAGCAUGCUUAAAGGGUAGAGUGCCGACACCAAUUUAUGACAACUUUAUGUUGCUGUCUGUGGCCAUGACCAUCUUACUUAGUGUCACCUUGUGGGAGAUAAGGCAGACUAUGCCCACACCCUACUCUUGGCAUUUGUAAAGCACUGCAGCGAAGUCUAUGGUAGGGAGUACGUUGGGUACAACAUGCAUGCAUUAGUUCACCUUAGUGCACAAACAGAGAAGUAUGGAGUGUUAGACAACGUAUCAUGCUUCCCAUUUGAGAACUUCCUUGGGCAACUAAAACACAUGAUCAGAAAGCCAAACAAGCCCCUAGAACAGGUCAUCCGCCGCUUGUCUGAGAGGAGCUUUAAGUCCAGCGAGUGUGUUACUAGUGUGACGUCCAGUCUAUCCAUCGAGCAUUUCAGUGGCCCUGUACCACCUCACAUUAGUGUAAUCAAGCAGUUCAAAAAAAUGACUGUUCAGGGGGCCGUCAUCCAGGUUUCAGCCAGUGACCGUUGUGUGGAGCUAGCUGGGGGAAGGAUAGUGGUAAUUGACAACAUCGUAGUUGACAACAAGGCAGACGUCCACAUAGUGUUUAGGCCAUUCACAAAGCUCUGCAACCUCUUCCACUGUCCCCUUGAAUCCUCUGAAGUUGGCAUCUAUCAUCUAUCUGCCCUGACACCCCAACUGCACCACUCUAGCUGCCCACAUAAAGAGGAAAUAUGUCCUGCUUCCAGUUAAGGAUGGUUUUGCUGGGCUACCAAUGGUACACCAGUAGGACUGCUGUUUUUGUAUGUUUGCGUAAGUGUCACAGUUUUGUUCAGUUUUAUCAGCUGAUAUGUUGUAUCUGCCCAUAUCCUAAAUCUGAUGAAUGGAUUGAAUGUUUUAGAAAUUAUAGUAGAUCAUUUUGUAUUCACAAGUGUCCCAACUCAUGUGGAAUUGCUGUAGCAAUUGUUAUUAUAUUAUUAUAUAGGUAUUGAGCAUUAACAUGUCACUAUUUCUCCCUUCAACAGACAUACAAGAUACAUCAUACAAGAAAAGAUAUUUUUAUUGAUUUUAUUUAUUUUUAUUUAUUAAGAAAUGUAUUUAGUUGUGUCCUUCCCCGAGGAGGGGUUCAUUUUUACUGUUCCCAACACAUGGAUUGCUUCCAAUAAUAAAUGCUACUGGCCACCUUACACAUCCCAAGAAAAAGUCAAGAAGGCUGCCUUAGCAAAUGAAUCCCCUGACCCCCAGACAUGGACCUUGCAUCCAGUGGUCAUACUUAAAGUUAAAGAAACGUAUGAAAAGGCCCACAAUUUUUAUAUGAAGGCAAAAAAAGGAGUCAUUGGAUACCACCGAUGAUGAUGUGAAAAGAAAAAGAAAGUAAGAUCAUCAUAUUUUUUCACAAUGAUGUGCAAUAUUAUAUUAAAAGGGAAGAAAAUCUGGUACCACACGGAUGUCUUUUUUAAAUAAUAAUAAUACUUCUUAUUCGGUUGGUUAUUUAUAGAAAGGCGGAGUAUGUAUUAACAUGUGUAACAUUAUGGCAUUUAUAACUAAUCAUCAAUUCACCAAUGAUAAUACCCUUAACUUUUUGUAAUUUGUUAUGUUUGUCAAAUAUGAACAUUUCCCUGCCCGACUACUCCAGUGAAGACGAUGACAAUCGGAAUCUCCCCCCGCCUCCAAAAAUCCCAAGAGCACCAGCAAAAAAAACAACUAUUCCAAAUUCAGAGUUGACCACCGUUACUGCUCUGCCAGUAGCACCACCGCUCUUCCGCUUCAGCCAUGCCGAGUUAACAAGUCAGACCACCACUCCUCCGUCAACUUCGCCCACAUCUCUGCCAGUACCACCCCAGCAAGAUUUUUACAGACUUGUUCUGCAGCACCUCCGCACAAUUGAGGAGGAGCUGAAGGAGGUGAAGCAGCAGGUGGCGGUCAACACAGCAAUGAUACAGAGACUAGGUGGUGGUGGUGUGGCAGAUCUCGGCCUUGUGGAAGACACCAACAUGCCAUUGAGCAAUGCCGAGGACCUGGACGAGCUGGAGAGGCGGCUUAUAUCUGAUGUGGACCUAAAAAAUCAACUGGUGAACAUACUUGCUAUUUUGGGAGGGAAAACCACCAAAGACGCAGUGAAGAGGAUGCUGGGCCGGGCUUUCAGGAGGUCCCUGGCGCUCCAAAUUAAUUGGACUGGCGCAGCUGGAAAGAUCGCUUUCAAGUCCCUAAACCUGAAGAGUGUGUUGCACAGAGCCGUUCGGAGAGUGGUAACCACAGCCACUGAAGAGGAGCUUCAAAAAGAAGUCUCCCUGUAUUUGAAGGGGGCGGCUGACAGGGAGGGAGGGAGAAAAGACAGGCAGAAAAGGGUGGUGAAUGGGGAUGGGGAGUGUUGAGCCCAUGUUGGCCAUAUGCUUAUGAAAUAAACAAAAUGUAUUGAACCUAAUAGCCUAUGUGUGGUGAGUCUGUGUAAUAGUUGCUGAGGAUAUAUGUUUUUGUACUGGAUUACUAAAUUAUAGAACACAUUAUAAGGUUUCUCAUCAGCAGGCUGU